AUGGAAGCUCUAAAAAAGCAUAUUCGCUACGAAGUAUUUGGCCACGUUCAGGGUGUCUUUUUCAGAAAGUACACUAAAACCCAGGCACAAAAGCUUGGACUCACAGGAUGGGUAGAAAAUACACCACGAGGAACUGUCAUUGGAGAAGCUGAAGGUCCAUCUGAUAAAAUAGAAGAAUUUAAACAUUGGUUGAGAAACAUUGGAUCUCCUAAGUCGCGAAUUGAUGAUCUCAGAAUAACAAAUGAAACAGAUAUUUCUCAAUUGAAGUUUCAUUCGUUCUCAGUAAAAAAGUAA